CUCCCCUUCUCUCUCACUCAGGCAUACAUAGGCUACACUUUCAUGCGGACACGAGAGGACUAUUAUUUUUUUUCGUCCUGGCCGUUUUAAUCUGUUCUAGAGAAGCGUUUAUCAUGCUUAUGUCUCUUGGUUUACUGCUAUUUCUAACAGCCUAACAAAAGUUAAAUCCUGUCAUAUUAAUCAAGUCAUCUCUUGACUGCGUAUGAUUUUUCUAUAGCCUACGUGCUCUCUGGAGGACAUAUAGUCGCACCCGGUGUGAAAAAACUAAAGGAAGCUCUUCAUACAGAAGAUUGGAUUUGUGUUUCGAGGCUUUGGUCGCCUGAGGCUCUUUCGCACCUGCCAACAAAAUGUCUGCCCCGGAUGCUGCUGCAAACCCUGGAGCCCCAGAGGGUGAGGGGGGCGCACCUGCCGCACCUCCCAAUCUCACCAGCAACCGUCGUCUCCAACAGACACAGGCCCAAGUGGAUGAGGUGGUUGAUAUCAUGCGUGUGAAUGUGGACAAGGUUCUUGAAAGAGAUCAGAAGCUCUCAGAACUGGACGACCGGGCGGAUGCGCUGCAGGCCGGAGCAUCACAGUUUGAGAGCAGCGCUGCUAAACUGAAAAACAAGUACUGGUGGAAGAAUGCUAAGAUGAUGAUCAUGAUGGGAAUUAUUGGGGUCAUCUUGGUGGGCAUCCUUUUCAUGUACUUCUACUACUGAGCCUCUCGUGGGACACACAAGGACAGGAGACUAUGGCUUUGUGUGAACUCCACCACCCCCCACCCCCCCUUUCUCCCCACCAAUGCCUUUCAUUGAAUCCACCGUGUGUAAGAGUGUGUGUGUGCAGUCAUUGACGCAGUGCCUCUCCCUCCCUUUGUCUGUCACUGCAUUUCUUUGUACCUCUCUUGAGUGCUUUGCAACAGUGCCCGAGCUUACUCAAAAACUCUGUCAGUUAGGACGAUCUACAUACGGUUUUGGAUUGGAGAAUGGUGUUGGUCAUUUUCAAGGCAAAAACAAUGGGUGAUGCAAUAAUAUAGGUUUCUAGCGUUGUCCAAAUGAACCCAUGAAUAACUAAAGAGGGAGAACGAAACACAAAGAUCAAUUUGAGUUUAGGAACAAGUCAUGCACAAAAAAACAAAAGAAAAGUGAACUAGUUUACCCAGAAACAACUGUUGUGGUAUCAUUACGGUAUUAACAAAGUGCAACUGCAAUGAGAAGUUACAGGAAGUAAAAAAAAAAAAUCAUUAAUUGUUUUAUCCCUCCUCCAUCAUAUAGAUUCCUAACAGCUGAUUUCCUUUAAAAACCUGAAUGAUUUUAAAUAGAGCAGUUACCAUUUGUAUUAAAUGUCUUAAAGAUAGGAUAUUUCCAUCCAUAUCAUAAUGUUAAACAGUUCUUGGAUGGUGCAAUUUUAUAAUUAAUUUUCACAUUUCGGCAAGUUGUACGAGUCUGCAGCCGACUUAAGGGGAAUAUCUGACCAUAAAUCGACACUUUCGCUCUUCGAUGGACUGUUCAUGUCAGCCAGAUUAGUGGAGUCUGGAGGAACCAACAAAAACGUAAUAUCAAUGGAACAACAUCAAUAUGGAGAUUUAAGAUUUUAGCUGUGGCCACAAUAUAAAGAAAAUGUGAUUGAAAUUUGGUUUGAGAUUUUUACUAUGUUCUAUUUUUUAUUUAUUAAUAUUUCUAUAUUUGAGAUUUGUGUGACAGCGUGGUCCACGUCUAAACAAAAUGUGACCGAUAAAAGAAAAAAUGAGUGUUAAACUUCUCCUGACUUUACUGGCGCCGUGAUGUUAGGUUGAAUGAACAACUACUGAUAUGCAAACUUGGAAGAUAACUGAUAAUGAGACUAAUUUAAUUAACGUCUUUGUAAAUAUUUGGGUUUCAGUGUGGGAAGCGGAUACGUAAUCAGCACUGGAGACGACAAUGUUCAGGGAUGUACCUCUGCAUGUGUUUGUGUUAAAUAUACAUGGGCACUUUAACCACCUUCGUUAUAAUGAUUGUAAGUUUGAGAGGACUUUUUUUGGGGGGGUAUUAAGGACAUAUUGUCCAGCACCUAAAUCUAAGAAUAUUUGCUCUUAUUGAUGUGUACCAUCUGUGUGAAUAACAUCCCCUACAUUAAGCAUUAACCCAAAUUGCAAACCUAAUACAGGGCAGUGAAUGUCAUUCUCUUAAAAAAAAGCAAACUAAAAACCCCUGAAUACAUUGUGUUUUAUGCAAACUAUUCAUUUGUAAAUAUGUGCUGCAGAGCUGCAUAAAAUAACACCCUGCCCCUGAUCAUUUUGAGCUAAGCUGCUAACUCGUGGUUCAUUUUAAAGCAUGUCUGCUUGCCCACCAUGUGCUGAUUCUAAUAAAGUGCUGAUGCUGUUA